AUGCCACCUCAACGCGGCGAUCUCUCAGUCCUCUUGCUCGUCAUCAUAGUCCUCUGGUGGUUUAAUUCGAACGACACCAGUCUCCCUGCCAAUUUCGGGAAUCCGCAGAAUUAUGUAGAGGAACAAUUGGCGCAUAACAAGCAUGUGUUUGGAGUGUUAAAUACGACGAGUUAUGGCGAUUUUGCGCCGGGAGACUCGGAGGAUGCGAGAUAUUUAAAUUUGACUGGUUUCAAGGCGAAGGAUGGUUAUAGAUGGGAGAGGUUGGAUGCGUUUAGGAAGAGGAGUGAUGAUUUGAGGAAAUGGGCGAGAGGGGUGCAGGAAGAAUCGAAGUUUAAUGGGGAAGGUGAGUGGGGCUUGGAGGGCAGGAUCUAUACAAAUGUGACGGGAGUGGUGAGGGGGAGCUGGGCCAGAUAUAUGAACGGUUUGGUGGACGGGAAGGAGAGGACGAGCAGGCUAAAUUUGAGUGUUAUUGCGCCGGGCGUACAAUGGGCUUUCAAGGAUCAGGAGCUAUGGGGUAGGAAUGUGACGGGUAGGGAAGGGAAAGUUAUGUUGAGGUUGGAUGAGGUUGCUGUGGAGGGGAUGAUUGUUCAUGGGGCUAAAGAGGAUUUUUCUGAAGGCGAAAGUUCAGCGAAUUCUGGGGUAGAGACACCAAAGGAAGAAGCAAAAGUUGAGAAAAGAGAUGUGUCUGAUGGGAUCGAAAGGGUUGAUCUUGGAAUUGGCGCAAAUCCGAAUACGGGUAUACUUGUAAGGGAAGUCACAGCCUCGUUAACAGUUCAAGAUGAGAGCAGUAGUGGGGAUGGAUAUGAAAUGAGGAUGCAUGGUGUCCAUUGGCCAAAUGAAGGCGGCGUCCUUUUAACUACUACUAGCGAUAAAUUCGCAGGGGCUUUUGCUCUUCCUCAUUUUGCAACGGACGAAGAUCAUUUUAAGAGCAGUGCGGAGGUCAUGAAAAAGAUUUUAGGUACCAGAUUACAGAAGCUUGAGGAAUCUGCUAAAGAAAAUCCGAGGAGUCUUCUGGAGCAAAAUUCGGGCCAAGUCGAUGGUUUGCCAACACCUCAUUGCGAAUAUAUCUUGUUUGCUCAAGUACAACCUUUGAAAUUUAAUGGCCUCGAAUAUGAAGACAGAUCACACAAAUCUCACAAUUUCGUCCAGGAACUCGAGGAAGAGCUCCGAUUCCCAAAUGGUGCUCCUACUCCUAAGCCGCCCAUGUUGCAACUGUCGACAAUAAUUUUCUCGCCCGAUUGUGGAUUUAUGCUCGAAUCAAAAGGGCCGCCAAAGUUCGCACCUGUUGAUGGAGAACAUCUAGUUGGCAUGAAGCAGGAGGUUUGGUUAGAAAGUAUUCGUUCUUGGUUAAUGAUACUUGCGGUAGUAGCUCUUUGCCAAGCUCUAAUCCUGAAGGAUCAAUGUAAGGAGGCUUCCACACCAUCAACCGUAGGGCGUGUUAGUAUUCAUACCGUUGGUAUGAUGCUUCUAGCAGACGGAUUGUUAUUUUUUACAAUGUCGUUGGCGAGCGCUACAUUAUCCAGUAUCUUCCCAUCUGCAUUAUUAUCAUCAUUUGCAGGCUUGAUGUCAGUCGCGCUCGGAGUUCGCUUCAUUGUAAAUAUUUAUGGAGUCCAGGAACCGGAAAGAUUAGAGCGGGAACGGGCACAAACAGCUGCAUCACAAGCACCACAAGCUAGAAAUUCACCAACUGGACGAUCAACACCAGUUAUUACCGCAGCGGGUGUAGAUACAUUACCUACAAAUGCCCCAUCUUCAGCUCAAAAUACAGCCCAAAAUGUUCCCAUUAUUGUCCCUUCGGAUCAAGACGUCGAUGCCGAAAUAGCCGAAAACAUCAACGCGACAUUCGUACCGCCUCGUGCAACAGGAGCACAAGCCACCGUCCAAGAAUCCAGAGCAAAUUCCGAUAUUACUCCCUAUUACGGCCAAUUCAUUCUUCUCCUCACUUUUAUUCUCCUGCUUUCCAUUGCCUCCACCACCUGGCCUGUCUCCCUUCGCACAGCCUAUGUCUACCUCCUCUCCUUCAUUUACAUGUCUCUGUGGAUCCCACAAGUCAAACGCAACAUCACGCGUAAUUGCCGGAAAGCUCUACUUUGGCGUUUCGUCAUCGCACAGAGUUUGCUAAGGUUAUCUCCAUUUGCUUACUUCUUUCUCUAUGAAGACAAUUUCCUCUUCAGCGAAACCGACUGGACAGCGAUGAUGAUUUUAGCAGGAUGGGUCUGGUGUCAGCUUGUAGUGUUAUAUAGUCAGGAGGUCCUUGGACCCAGAUGGGCCGUUCCAAAACGCUUCGGAAUGGUAUAA